AUGCCGGAGGAAGCGAAGGGCUUCUGGGAGCGCGCAAGAUUGACAGCGGCACUUUUGAGCAUCGUAUGGGUGCAAGGCUACGACGGACAGGAGGAGCGUGAGAGGAUCAACCGGGAGCGCGGCACGCAUCCACGGGAUGGAUUCCGGAUGGCAAAACAGGCAGGGCAGGACACAGAGCAGGGCAGCCAGACAGCCUCGGCGAGGGCACGGCCUCAGCUCCGCGAGAGACGGCUCCGCACUAGGGCCCAAAGUGGAGAGCGUUCGGACCGGGCCACAAUAGCGCACUUCGACCAAGGGCGGCUCAAGCAUGACGGGUGUCAGCGUGGUCUGUCGCCCCCGGCCCCGGUCCCUGUGGAGCUCCCACAUCGGCCCGCGCUGCCGCCUGGAGGCUCACGUGCUCUCCCUGGCCGGCUUGCCCGGAGGGCGCUCGGCGUCGUCCAGGGCGGCGGCACCUCCGUGGAGGUCGCCGUCCUCGGCCGCGGCCAGAGCGAAGGCUGGGGCCCGGGGGACUUCUCCGGUGACCUCACGCUUAAGGAGAGCUGCGGCACGUGCGAGGACUAG